AUGGCCAUUGCGGAAGAAGAAGAAUUCCCGCCGCGCGAAUCCCCAACGGGGGGGAAAGUGGUGAUCUACUUCACGAGCAUCCGCGGCGUGCGGCGGACAUUCGAGGACAGCAGAGCCGUGCGCGCAAUCCUCCGAGCAUACCGCGUGCGCGUCGACGAGCGCGACGUCUCAAUGCACGCCGCCUUCAAGGACGAGCUCCGCCACCUGCUGCUGCUCCACGGCCAUGGCCAGGCCGCUUCCGGUAAGGAAGCGCUGCCGCGUGUCUUCGUCGUCUUCAGCGACGGCGACGGCGACGGCGAGCGGUGGGGCGACAUGGGCGGCGCGGACGAGGUGCGCGCGCUGCACGAGGCCGGGGAGCUCGGCUGCGCGCUGGCCGGCUGCGACACGCUCCCGGCGGCGGCCGCGUGCGCCGGGUGCGGCGACAUGAGGUUCCUGCCCUGCAGCACUUGCUGGGGUUGCUGCCGGGUGUUCGACGGCGGCGAGUUCCUCCGCUGCCCGGACUGCAACGAGAACGGGCUCGUCAGGUGCCCACUCUGCUGCUACUGA